AUGAUGAUUGCUGCAACUGAUGAAGUCAUAACUCAAAUAUGGGAUAAAACUUCAGAAAUGACAGCUGAAAAUCAAGAAUUGAGUGAAUUAAUGGAAGAGUUUGCAGGAGAAGCUAGAGAGAGGGAUGCAUUAUUUUCCUCAUUGAUAAAAGUGUAUGAGAAUGAACUUGUACGGUUGAGAUCACAACAAAACCAUGACACUUUAUCUGAGAAACAAAGACGCAUCAUUAUUGAAGAAUUCCAGAUUUUAAAAGCUAUCACAUGUACAGGUGUUCGAACAACCUUUGACAAGACAUUGCCAGAUCAACAAGUGUUAAAUGACAGUUUCUUUAAAGAAUUUGUUGUAAUAUUUCAGGAAAAAUGCCCAUUGCUGCAGAAUGUUGUCGAGACACUUUUGGUUAGCAAUCUGCAUCAAACAAAUAUUCAUAAGACUGUGGACUACAAAGUUUUAUGUGGUACUCAUGCUUUGUCAUUGCUGUUGAAUGUAAGGAGUACAACGGGAAAAAAUGAUUUUCCACUGUUCUUUGGGCUUUUAUGCAUCUCGUAUGGUGCAGGAAAGCAAUUUAUCAAUAUGCUCCACUCCAUUGGAUUAUGUGUUCAUUGGGAUACAAUGUAAAUGUGUUGUGCAUAUACCCUAUUGUUUUUAAAAAACUAAAAACGUUUGAUGUUCACCCUACUUCCUGCCACAAAGAGCAAGACCCUAUCCUUGAUCAACUAAAGGUGAUGUGGUUUUGUUUGAAGGAGAACGUUAUCUCUGAUGAUGCCAGUGAUGAUGUGAUACAUAAGAUGACCAAAGAGGGAAAUUGUGAGUGUAAUGUUCAACAGUCACUGAUUGAUGUUUAUUCGAAAGGCAAAUUGAAAGUAAAGCAACAGUUUUCUCGAAUGUUGUAUGAAAAAUUUAAUGUAUUUGUUUCUGAACAGUCUGAUAAUGAAAGAAUUGACAGUGUAUGA